UUCUCAGAAGAAAAAAAAGGGGUUUAAGAAGAGGGGUUUUAACUCCAGCAGCCAUGGGAGACAUUUUCUCCACGCCUUCACAACCAAACUCCAGCUCCUCCCCCAACGCCACCUCCGCCGCCACCGCCACCUCCGCCGCAAGCCCCACCAUGUCUCCUCCAGAUUCCCCGCAACCGCAUCCACCCGAACCCACUCAGCACCACACAAACGAAGAAUCAGAAACCCCAAAUCGAGAUCCACCAACAGAUACAAAGUCUGCCGAACAAUCCAAAUCCGAAUCCGAAUCGCCAAUUCAGGAAACCCUGGAAGAAUCGAUCAAAGGCGGAGGAGAAGAAGAAGUAGAAGAAGAAGAGGAGGAGGGAGAAUGUGGAUUUUGCUUGUUCAUGAAAGGGGGUGGAUGCAAAGACACGUUUACAGAUUGGGAGAAUUGUGUGGAGGAAGCGGAGAAGAAGCAAGACGAUAUCGUCGAGAAGUGUUUUCAGGCAACUGCAGCCCUUAAAAAAUGUAUGGAGGCUCAUUCCGAUUACUACGCUCCCCUUCUGCAGGCGGAGAAGGCGGCCGAGGAGGAGGCCGCCAAGCAAUUGGAGGAAGAGAAACAAGCGUUGAAAGACGGAGAAGAAGAAUCGACGAAGAAGGAAAUCGAGGAAGCUUCGGUCAGCUCUGAUCAAAUGAAACAGCCUUGAUUUCGGUAUGAUUCUCAAGAUUGAGCCUUUUUUUUUUGGUUAUACUUUUAUUCUUGUUGAAUGGGAUUGUGAGGGUUUAGGAGAUAUUCACUUUGGUUAAUCCAAUGAACUCGAGAGUUUCGGACCGGAAAUUAGUAUGCUUUUCGAAUAAUUGUAUUGAAUAUUGGAAGGAGAUUCUUUCAAUGCAUAUUGCUGAUUAUUAACUUGUUAAAUCAAUUUAUCAUUGGGUCGA